AUGGUCACAGAGGCAGCAGAAGCAAGCGCUGGCCACGAAACUGUGCCGGUGAGUCAGUUGCUGGUUCCCACGUCCUCCAGGAGAGCCUCCAGGGAGAGUCUUCAGGAGGACUACGACACUGGGUAUCUAGAGGACUAUAUUGAGAACUCUGACGAUGAGGACAACGAAAGAGCUCAUUCCAACGAUAAUGGUUCUGGCGACGAUGAGUCUGAAGAUGAUUUUGGAUCCUUUUCUGACGCAUCCUUUGAUGAUUUUCAACAGGUCGGUUCAGCCCACGUAUCUAAUCAUAUCCAUGUCAAUGAAAAAAGUGAAACAUUCACCCAAAAUGAUAGAGAUAUAAACAAUAAUUUGAUUGAGAAUGAUAAUGAUAAUGAAAAAGAUAAUGACAAUGAUAAUGACAAUGAUAAUGACAAUGAUAAUGAAUACAAAAUUCAGGAUCACAAACUCAAAACUGUGCCAAAAAAUAAUUACAUCAGCAUUGAGACAAAUCUAUUCAACAAUACUAAUUCCAAGGAAUUUAAUACCAAAAUAUCUUCAUUAUUUGAUAACAUAAUAUCAAUUCCAAAUUCAAUUAACAAAAACAAUGAUAAAAAUAAUUCUAAUUGUAACUCUAAUAUUUAUGAGGAAAAUCUAAUCUUAUCUGAAAGAUCAAAAAAUUUAUUUGACCAGUUAAUCCUAUCUCCCAAGUUAUCUCCAAUCAAUUGGACAAAGUCUUCAAUAAGGAAAAAUGUUUUAAUAACCUUGGGUGUUCCAAUCGAUCUUGAUGAAAUAUUGCCCUCAACAAAACAAUCGCAAUCUUCUCUCUCCAAUAAUAAUAAUAAUCUUAGCAAUAACAUACAGAGCACAAAUAAAAAUUUAAUCAAUUCAAAUACCCCCUCUCCUCUUUCCUCUAUAUCUUCUCCAAUAACCCAUAUAAAAUCUUCUUCAAUAUCUUCAUUAGCUAGUAUAAGGACCAAUACCUCUUUAAACUCUUUUAUCAAUUCUGAUAAUUCGAACCAAUUUGGCUUAGAUGAAUCUUUAAUUAAAAAAUUAAACAUCAAAAGUUUAGAUCAGCUAAAUAUUACCAAAAAUGAUCAAACCAACAUAAUCAAUUCAACUUCAUUGGAUUUACAAAACAUUUCAAAGCUAAUUCAACCAAAGGUUUAUUACAAAAACAUUAUAAAUAAUCCUCAAAAACUAUCUCAUUCGAUAUCAGUCUUAAAUGAAAAUAUUGAAAAAUCAGAAAAAAUCCUAUCGGUUUGGUUAAAUGAAUUGGAUCGUUUGAAAAAGGAUAAACAAACAUUUGAAGAAGUCGUAGAAAAUUUAGUAGGCAACGCCCAAAAACUAAGAAGAGAAGAACAGUUAAAAGAAUUGAAUAAUAAAAACAAUAAAAGCAAAAAUAUUAAAAAUAUAAAAAGAACAAAUACUUUAAAUAAUACAAGAUUCAGUUUAUUUUGGAAUAAAAAGUAA